AUGUCUGCCAAAGCAGAGGUACAAAAGCUUCUCAAAAUCGUCAACAAGGCGACGCAAGAUGCUUUGGCCGCCUAUGAAAGCACGGGGGAGGACGUCCCCUCGCUUUCGUCCACUGACGAGAAGUCUUUCUUCGCUAUGGCCAGCAACCUCGAUUUGAAAAGGGCCAUCCGUCUCUUGGAAGGUGCCUGCGAACAGCUAUGUGCGACGCUGGCUCCGCCGGGGCAAACUAUCGUUGAUCUCUCUCAUCCCGCCAUAUCCAGCUGUGUGCGCCUGGCUCUGCGCACGGGCAUCGCGGAUGUGCUUCACGACCAUCCUGAGGGGAUGCAUAUCAAGGAACUCGCGUCACGUAUCAAGAUCGACGAAGGGAAGCUCCUUCGCAUAGUCAGAACUCUGACCGUGCGUCACUGCUUCCAGGAGGUGGACGUCGACACGUUCGCCAACAACCGGAUCUCGUUGGCGCUCCAGACGAGCAAUCCCCUGAUGUGCUAUAUUGACCUCCUCACGACUGAGGGGUACCAGAGUGGAGCUGUAUUGUACGAACACCUCACGGACCCCCGGAGCAAUGGCUCGUACCAUCCCACGAAGACCGCACUUAUGUAUGCCAUCAAAGGACCAGAGAACGAGACUGCUGGUCUUUUCGAAUGGCUGCAUGCCACGCCUGAUAGGGAAAGGGUCUUCAAUACCGCUAUGACUGGCGUUGGGACACUCUCAGGAAGCCUUGCUAUGUUGGAAGGGCUUCCCUGGGACACCAUCUCGACCGUCUGCGACAUUGGCUCGGGAGUAGGCGCAUAUUCCAUGCCUCUCGUCCGGCGCUGCGCGAACCUCAAGUACACGCUGUGCGACAUGCCAGCUACCGUCAAUCAAGCCAAAGAGGUCUGGACCAAAGAGUUCCCGGAGGCAGUUCGAUCAGGCAGAGUCGCCUUCACGCACUACAACUUCUUCGAGCAAGUUGCCCCCGCCGGGCAAGAGAUCUACUACAUGCGAUCCAUCAUACAUGACUGGACCGACGACCGGGCCCUCGUUAUUCUAAAGAACAUCCGAGCAGCGAUGAAGCCGACGAGCCGCCUGUUCGUCCAAGAUUGCCUGCUGCAGCCCUCGGCACAUGUGAAGGAAGUAGCUGCGCUCGGUGUCGACACGGCCCCCGAGCCGAUGCUCCCCAACUUCGGCGCCGGAAAGAAGAGGACGUUCAACUUGGAUAUCACGAUGCUCCUCAAUGUGAACUCGAAGGAGCGUACCCUGCCAGAGAUCACAGCGCUUGGUCGGCAGGCAGGCUUGAAGUUCGUGAAGGUCUGGGAUCUCGUCGAGACGAGUGUCGUGGAGUUCGAGCUGGACUCAUGA